CACACACACGCGCGCACGCACACGCACAUGCAAAACCUGCCCUCAUACACAUUCACUUAAAAAUACUUCACUCUCUCUCGUACUCUUCACGCACACAAACACACACACAUACACACAUACACCACAUUUCUAAAAGAAGCCAGCCAGUCACUCUCUCUUCCUCGCAGACAAAGGCAAAACAACUCCCACAGCCUCCAAUAACAGCAUUUAAGACUCUCUUCAGUUCAGCAGCAGACAAGAACUUUUGUCAACACAUCGAACGUCCUGGCCUGCCUCUCUGUUUUGAUCACCAACAGAGAUUCCUAAAACUGGAAACCGUUUUAAUUAUUUUGGAAUUUGCUCAACUGAAGAAUGUUUGCACGAGUGUGUUUGCUAUUAUCAUGGAUUUCUGCAGCUGUUGGUUUUGAUAUAGUCUACAAUACUGAUGAACACGAAACAUCCAACAUUUUUAUCGGGGAUAUUGCAGCCGAUGCCUCAAAGUCACUCUGGAGUACCACAUCAGAGGCACUAACAUUCAUUAUUUUGAAAAACAAAGAAAAUUCUGAUUUAUUCAUUGUGACCAAAGAAGGGAAACUUUACACUGCUCAGCCCCUGGACGCUGAAUCCUUGUGUUUAUAUCAACUUGAGUGUUACAGAACAUUAGAAGUUGCUGUCCGGAAUAAGAAAUCAUUUAUUAAAAUCUUAGACGUAAAGAUUACGAUAAAUGAUGUGAAUGAUAAUGCACCAACGUUUCCUUCCAAACAUAUUAGUCUUCAAUUCUCCGAAAGAGAGAGUGAAGGAGCAAAAAUACCAGUCCCAGCUGCUAGAGACAGAGAUAUCAGUGAACAGAAUUCUUUGAUUAGUUAUGAAUUCAAAGAAAAUUUCAAAGAACCUUUCCAGCUAUCGGUUUCUGAAGAACAUGGUGGGAAUUCUAGGCUUGCUGUCAUUCUAAUGGAAGAAUUAGAUCGAGAAGUGAAAGACACUUACUUUGUACAAGUAAUUGCUAAAGAUGGAGGCACUCCACCAAAAGUAGGUGUUUUAAAUAUUGAGAUAAUUGUCACAGAUGAAAAUGAUAAUGCACCAAUAUUUGCUCAAAAUACCUAUAAUAUUUCACUAAAUAAUACACACCAAACAGACAAACCCAUUGUUAGGUUACAAGCAAGUGAUAUUGAUGCUGGAAGAAAUGGAAAAGUCUCUUACCAUUUCCAUCCCAAAACCAUACCGUUGGCCAAAUUACAUUUCAAAGUAAACAUGACAACAGGAGAAGUAUUCUUGUCAAAUAAUAUCUCAUUUAAUAAGAAACACAAAUAUUUGUUGUAUAUUGAUGCCAGAGAUGGCGGCAGUCCAUCAAUGAGCUCAACAGCCAUUCUACAAAUCAACAUUGAAAAUCAGGAUAACUCGAGCCCAAGUAUAGAACUCAACUUCUUUUCACAGACAAAUGAAGACACGGCCAGCAUUUCUGAAGAUGUUGAUAUUGGUAGCUUUGUAGCAUAUGUGAAGGUCAUUGACAAUGAUAUUGGAAGCAAUGGGCAAGUAAGUUGUCAACUGGAACAUGAUAAAUUUAUUCUUCAGCCACUGGAUGACAAGAAAUAUAAAAUAGUUGUGAAGAAUACCAUAGACAGGGAAGCAAACAGCUACAUUGAUUUUAACAUAUCUUGUCAAGACAGAGGCACUCCUCCAAAGACAGCUGUUAGAAAAAUUUCUAUACAAGUGACAGAUAUCAAUGAUGUAAAACCUCAGUUCAGCCAGGAAAGCUUUCAAUUUUUUACAUAUGAAAAUGGAGAACCAGACUUUCCAAUUGGUCUAAUCAAUGCCACUGAUCCAGAUCUGGGUGCAGGUGGUCACCUGACCUAUUAUCUCAUGAAUUCUACUGAAAAUUUACUUCCUUUUAAAAUUUCCCACUUCGGAUACAUUACAACAACACAGUCACUGGAUAGAGAGAAGCAAGACAGAUACAGAUUGGUAGUUGUGGUCAAAGACAAUGGAACACCCUCAUUGAGAAAUACAGCAAAUGUCAUUGUUGAAAUUAUGGAUAAAAAUGAUAACGUUCCAUAUUUCACUUUUCCUGGAGUUGAUCCAUUCCACCUUAAAGUCCAUUACCAUCCUCAAAGACAAAAAGCCAUCACAACCCUCAGAGCAUACGACAGAGAUAGUCAAUUGAAUUCUUUCCUUCAAUAUGAAAUUCUUGAUGGCAAUGACAAGAAAUUAUUUUCCCUUGACAUGUAUUCUGGAGUCAUGUCUUUUUCUCGCUCUGUUUACAAAGUUGAUGCUGGUUUCUAUAAACUGAAUUUGUCUGUUAAAGAUAGUGGCACUCCAGUUUUGUCAACAACAACUUCAUUAACUUUGAAACUGACAGUCAGCAAUAGUACUUCCAAAUUUUCAACAAGUCUUCACAAACUGUCAACCAGAGAAAUACCUAUCAAUGUGAUGGUUAUUAUACUAGUGGCAGCAGUUAUUGUAUCUAUAACUAUUGUGGUCUCCAUCACAGUGUGCAUUGUGAGGAGGAACCAUCGGAGGGAAAUCCUUUACUGUGAAAGGCGCGAACAGGGUCAGAAAUUUCCGAAUGAAAGAAGACAGUCUGAGUAUAGAUGUAACCCAAUGCCUCCCCAAAGUGACAGUCAAGAAGUUAUAUUAACAACACACCCAGGAAUUAAUCCUGCAGUUUCUCAGGCGACAAUAUCGAGAAAGGAGCUUUACCCUCAAUCAACACAGAAAUGUUCUACAUUACCUUUCAAUCGACAUAACAUCUGCCAUGGAACCACUCAGAUGCCUUUACAUCAAACGAUGACAAUGCCCAGAGACUUCCAAGGAAGAGAAGAAAUGAUUAUAUCAACAAAUUCUUUAAAUGAGAAGCCCAAUAGAUCUUAUGAUACACAUGACUCUAGUUACAAUGAGUGGAACACAGUUCUCUGUGAGAAGUUACCAGGCUGUCGAGAUGAAUCAGACAUUAAGUUGUCUAACCCACCUUUACACCCAAAAAAUGACAACGUUUCUUCUGAGGGCUGCUCGUUUGUAAAUAAUCAAUCUACCAAUCAAUCUACCGCUGACAUCAUUGAUUUGAAACUCGGAAGAAUUAAUCCAACAGACCCUCCCUUGUCACAGAAACCUUGGAAUUUACCAAUGAAAAACAGUUUUAAUUGUUAUUCUAGACCAUUACCACCAAUACCAAAGACGUGAAUAAGUUUGCUUUUCUCCAAAAAGCAAUUUACUAAUAUGGAGAUAUGAAGAGUUAACUGCAAGAGGAUAUUUAUGCUAAAGGAUAUUCCAUAAGGAUAUUCCACAAAAGGAUAUUCCACUAAUGGAUAUUUCACAAAAGGUCACUUUACACCAAAAUGUUUAUAUGUGUAUGAAUCAUCAUCACAAUGUUAUGAAAAUGAUUAAUAUAUUUUUGUAAUAAGAUAUCUCAUGAGAAAAACGAAGCAUGUUUGGGCACAGGUUAACAGAUACCGAAACACAUGCUUGGAUAAAUACAUGACCCACACUUACGCAUACAUAUGCAUAUCACACAUGCACAUGCACAUUUGUGGUCCUAUAUACAUAUGUCUGCAUACACACACAUACACAUACACUCACAUGCUUGUAGUCAUACAUGCAUUUGUCAACACACACAUACCUGUGGUCAUAAACGUAUGUCCACGUACACAUAUACACCUCUUCCUCAAAGUAUUCUAUUUGUUGGUAGCUAAGACACACCAAAACAGCAUUUUUUGCGGGUUUUUCUUUUCUUUUUUUUUUAGUUUUUUUUUUGUGUUUUUUUUUAAAUACUUUUAUGGUAGACUCAGAAAAUUUUCAUGACCCAUCAUGUAAAAUAUAGUCGACCAUGAGGUUACAUUGCUGGAAUAAGUCAAAGGCUUCCUCCUAUGCCAACAAAUAUAGUAAUAUUUUGGUGGUGAGUUCUUUUGUAUGAUAUCACUUUAUUUCAAAGACGGUUCUCUUCUCAUAUCGCUGUUUCCAUGAAUGCCAUGAAUGGAAUUUUAUAGUGUAAAGCAAUUACAUAAUCUUCAUAGAAUUCCAAAAGAAAAUUUUACCAAGUGUCUUAGAUCAUCCGUCCUCAUAAUUUUAUUGAUAUAUCACUUCAUAAAAUCAUAUAAUAAAUGUUCAUUGUUGUCUACCAAAUGUACAUUGAUUCAUAAAAAACUAAAUUUUAAUGAUUUCCUUUUUUGUUUUUUGUUUUAAAUGGAGAAGCGAAAGUAUUUCUUAAUCCCAGAUAAAAAUGAAGAAAUCUUUCCUUUUGUUCCGUACCUCAGUACAUCUGAAUUUAUUUCUCAUGCUUCUUCUUAUCCCCCUCCACCUCAACCACUUACAGCACCAAAAUCAUUACAUUCUUGGGAAAACAGAAAAGUGCCUUUUGCUGUUUCAUAGGCACAGGCACGGCUAUGUGGUAAGAAGCUUGCUUCUCAACCCCAUGGUUCCUGGUUCAGUCCCACUGCGUGGCACCUUCAGCAAGUGCCUUCUACUAUAGCCUUGGGCCGACCACAGCCUUGUGGGUGGAUUU